UUAGCCGGUGCUACCCCAAAGAGACAGCUGCUGCUUUCCUACGGCUGUGCGCCUGUAACGUUAAAGCGCCAUCCGCACCACGGCAGCCGCGGCGUGCCGGGCCCGAUCCCCAUAUUGCCGUGCCCAUCAGAUCAAAAGGGAUCCAAUGGCCGCCGUAGAGGCAUCAGACAUGCUGGAGCCAGCGCUAAGAAACACGAGGCUCGUGCCGUGCCUUUUGUGCUGACUACACGGUCCAGCUGCUAA